AUGUAUGGGAUAAGAGGCCGCUGCCCAUUACCCUCGGUAAACAGGCUCAUCACGCAGUUGAACGGGAAAGGGGCCUUUCUCUUGCUUCAACCUCCUAAUUCGGCAACUUUUUUUCCAUUCGAUGCUCGUGCUGUCUCGUUUUCCCCCCCACGUCAUACGGCAUCGCCUUUCUCCUCAUCUCGCGCCCCUGACGCGAGAACCGCAGCUAAAAGAAUGGCAAGCACAUCCUCACGACUCGCAAAGCUGAGAAGCUUGAUGAAGGAACGAAAUGUCGAUGUUUACGUGAUCCCGUCUGAAGACAGCCACAGCUCGGAGUAUAUUGCGGCCUGCGAUGCUCGGCGGGAGUUUAUUAGUGGAUUCACUGGGUCAGCCGGAUGUGCUGUUGUGACGCUCGAUGCUGCUUCUCUCGCCACCGAUGGUCGAUAUUUCAGCCAGGCAGCGCAAGAGUUGGAUGCUAACUGGACCUUGCUGAAGCAGGGGCUUCAAGAUGUCCCGACCUGGCAAGAAUGGACCGCCAACCAGGCCGCGGGGGGGAAGACUGUGGCAGUGGACUCUACACUCAUUCCUGGCUUAGCUGCUAAGAAGUUAGACGGUCAGAUACGCAAUGCCGGAGGCGCUGCGCUAAUUCCCCUGGGUGAGAAUCUCGUGGACAUGGUGUGGUCCUCCGACCGACCAAGUCGACCACAACUACCUGUGACAGUGCUGGAAGAUAAUUUUGCUGGUAAAUCAGCCGUGAGGAAGAUUGAUGAGUUGCAGCAGGAACUCCGCAAGAAGAAUUGUCCCGGUUUUUUUGUCUCCAUGCUCGACGAAAUUGCCUGGCUCUUCAAUCUCCGAGGCAGUGACAUUCCAUAUAAUCCCGUCUUCUUUUCCUAUGCCACAAUCACGCCCGAUGCAGCCAUUCUCUACAUUGACGACUGCAGAUUGACAGAUGCAUGUAAGGCCCACCUGGAAAAUAGCAACAUUCAAGUUAAACCAUAUGACGUCUUUUUCGCCGAUGCCGAGAAGCUGCAUACUGAAGUUGCUGCGAAGAGACAAUCUGCCGCAGACGAGAAGCCUCCUGGCAUGUUUCUGAUAUCCAACAAAGGUUCCUGGGCCCUUGGCAGAGCUCUUGGGGGCGACGGCUCAGUAGAAGAAAUACGAAGUCCUAUCGGCGAUGCCAAGGCCACGAAGAACGAGACUGAGAUGAAGGGCAUGCGAGACUGCCACAUAAGAGAUGGAGCCGCCUUGAUUGAAUUUUUUGCCUGGCUGGAGGAUCAGCUAGUUGCGAAGAAGGCCAUGAUUGACGAGGUGCAAGCCGCGGAUAAGCUAGAAGAGAUCAGGUCCAAGCAUCAACGAUUUAUGGGUCUCUCUUUUACGACAAUCUCAUCAAGUGGACCAAACGCCGCCGUCAUUCACUACGGACCUAAAAGGGGUGAUUGCGCAACAAUAGAUCCCGCCAGCGUGUAUUUAUGCGACUCUGGCGCGCAGUACCUUGACGGCACCACAGACACUACCAGAACAGUGCAUUUCGGACAGCCAAAGGAUUCUGAGAGAACGGCUUAUACCCUUGUGCUGAAAGGUCUCAUCAGUCUCGACACGGCGGUCUUUCCCAAGGGGACAACUGGCUUUGCUCUGGACUGUCUUGCUCGUCAGCACCUUUGGAAAUCCGGACUUGAUUAUCGACAUGGUACAGGACAUGGUGUCGGUUCUUACUUGAACGUUCACGAAGGCCCAAUCGGCAUUGGAACUCGUGUUCAAUACACUGAGGUACCUCUUGCUCCUGGAAAUGUACUCUCCAACGAGCCAGGCUAUUACGAGGAUGGCAACUUUGGCGUUCGCAUUGAAAAUAUCAUGAUGGUCAGGGAAGUCAAAACGAAACAUUGCUUCGGAGACAAGCCAUUUCUGGGCUUUGAACAUAUUACAAUGGUGCCUUAUUGUCAGAGACUGAUUGACAGGGACCUGCUAGGUCCUGAUGAAAAGGCUUGGCUGAACGAAUACAAUUCGGAAAUACUAGAGAGCACCAAAACGUUCUUCGAGAAUGAUGCCUUGACAAUGACGUGGCUCCAACGAGAGACAGCAUUGAUAGAUUAA